UCGCUGAGCCAAACUAUGAAGUCCCACCCGGGCACUGUGACUAUGCUGCUGCCUAUCGCUCUCUGCCUGGGCUUGGUCCCUGUGUGUUUCGGAGCUGCAAUUCCUGUUUCCUGUGGUUCCAUCUACAAGAGUUUUGCUCAGUGUUUACUCACACUUGGGGACAGUUUGGUGGAAACACAAAAAGAGCAGAGCACACAGGACAUCGAUGCAAUAUGCAGGUCCUGGAAUGCGUUCCACGUUUGUGCAAACUCAGCUCUGGCCGGCUGUCCUGGAGAGGCAGCAGCUGUCUGGGAGUCUCUCAGACAAGAGUCCAGGAAGACGAAGUUUUCUGGAAACCUCUACGACAUGUGUGCCAGCCGCACCACCCUCGCACCCAGCGCCGUGCCUGCACCCCAGAGCCCCCCCACCUCCGACCAGACCAACCAGGAAACACUGAAGGGGCAAACAUACAAGCACAGCCCCACCCUCAGCACACUGUUUUUCCCCAUAUGCAGCACGCUACUAGCUCUGCACAGGAGUUAG